AUGAAAACGAAUCAAGAGCGUUUGUUUGGUUCAACAAAACUAUUUGAAAUUCCAGCUACCUUAAGACGAAAUCAUUAUGGGUCUGUUGCCAUAACAUUUUCAACUUUAGCCUUUACACGUUUUAAAUGUGAUCUUGUGUCAGAUGUCAAAGUUAUAAGUAUCUGGUAUAAGAUAUAUGAUAUGACCAUAAAAUUUAAAAAACAGAAGGGAAACAAAACUGAACUUCAUUCACUGCUGAAGCUGACCGAGUUCUGUCAAUCUCAAAGCAUUUAUAAAGUGGAGUUUAAUUCACUUCUGCUCUUUUAUACGCAUUUCACUGACAGAGACCUGCAUUAUCUCGAGGAAAAACUAGCAGAUAUGACCUGA